UUUUUGAAUGAGCAUACUAUAUAAGCGAGCUAUCUAUCGCCUUUUACUUUGUCGUACUUCUUCGUCACGGGUUUUCGUCGUCUGCCUCGUAUUAUUAUCAUAUCUUAUCCCGUAUAGCAAAAAGAUUAUCAUUCGCGCAGAAGCACCGCACUUACUUCUAAACGAAGUAGAGUCUUCAGCUCCGAAGAUGCUGAACCUCAUCAGCAUGGGCGUUUGGGCUCUUCAGGGUAUCAUGGCUAUCGUUGUCCUCGGGCUAUCUGUCGACCUUGUCAAGGGACAGAAGAUUGGCGACGCUCCCACGACAACCAAAUACAGCACGUUUACUGGCGGCUUUGGAUUAGCUGUCGCCGUGCUGGGCUUGGUAUCCGUUUUCAUAGACGCCAUUCCGGCUCUCGUCGUGAUUGCCGCGGACACCUUGAGUGGGGUCUUGCUCCUCGGUGGUGGUAUAGCUUUCGCAAUUGGGUUACACGGUGUUGCAUGUGACGAAAAGCAUUGGAAAGCCAUUGGGAACAACGACAUCAUCAAUGGUGGAAAAGUCAAACAAGAUGGACAGUGGUACUUGGCACCUGGCAUGACCGAAAGUGUCUUAUUAGAGAGGUGCAGGAAGGCAAGUGCAGACCAGGCUAUGCAGUUUGUGACGUUCGGGUUCGCGCUGACGACUAUUGUCCUCGUAUUCCUGGUCUGGAAGAAUGGUCGCGGAGGCCGAGGCUCCAACUACGUCUGA